AUGACAACAGCCCCGCAGCAGGAGAGUUCAGGCGAUGAUGUGCCAACGAUGAAGAAACACUCUUCGACCUGCUACAUCAGGCAGAACAACUUUGAGUUUUGCGGGUAUAAGUUAAAGAUCGCUCGAAUUUUAGGCGCUGACCUGGGCGUAUCUGCUUAUGUCUGGGACUCCGGGCUUGCUCUUUGCCGGUACUUUGAGAAGGAAAAAAUCAAUUUUACUGGGAGGAAAGUGAUUGAGCUGGGAGCAGGCACUGGGAUCGUGGGAAUAUUGGCUGCCUUACUCGGUGGAAAUGUUACCAUAACAGAUAAACCGAAUUGCCUGAUGCAAAUCAGAAAUAACGUUUACAUCAACAUCCCCCCUGUCUGCAGAAACCGUUUAAAGGUUCGCCCGCUGGUUUGGGGUGAAGACCAAUUUAACUUUCCUACCGACUAUGACUUCAUCCUGGGAUCAGAUAUCGUCUACCGAUUUGAUGCCUAUGCCGACCUGAUAGACACACUUCACCAACUCUGUAGCGAACAUACUACAAUUUAUCUUGCUACAGAAUUUCGAACUGAAAACCAGUCCAUGACUUUCCAUGACGCGCUUAUAACUGAAUAUUUUAACUCCAGUGUUGUUGAUAGUUCAAAGAACAGAUCUAUUAUUGUGUAUAAAAUAAGCAGAAUUGGUACAAAUCCUUACGAAUCAGAGGCAGCCAUAGCGCCGGAACUCUGA